AUGCUUAAUGAUUUAAAUGACAAUCAAAAAUACCAACUGGUCAACGGUCUCAUUCGUGCAUACUCAUAUGUUCCUGCGUUAUUGGUAAACAGAGGCAGGGCGAAAGCUUUUGAUUUAGUAAUAUCCCAAGAACGGGAUAUACUAUACUUUGUUACAGUACAAGAGCCAACAAUUGAUUUAAGUGACCCAAUUGACUAUGACACGGCAGUAAACAACAGACAUACGCUGAUACAUAAUAUAUUCCACCAUGUUCUACAUCGUCAAAUGAAUGACACCCGAAUGUGCAAGAAUGGCGAAAGCACAAAAUGCAAAUUGCUCGGGAUAAUAACGCGUGCAUUAAAUCCUGGGUUUAGAUAUACACAAGGAUGUAAUGAA